GCGCCAGGUGACAGCUAAUGGCGGCGGCCGCCUGAGUCGGGCGGGCGGCAGAUUGGGGCCGCCAGAGGCGCGCGGCUGGACCUUCCGGGGCACCACUCCCCUCCCGACGGCGGCUUCCCCGCGGCAGAGGGUUCAGCGCGCCAUGGACAGGCCGCCGGCGGCGGCGGCGGCGGCGGCGGGGGGCGGCGAGGGCGGCGGGGGCCUGGGCCCGGGGCCGGCGGGCGGCAGGAGGCCCCCUCGGGUCGUGGGGGCCCCCGCCGCCGGCUCCCGGCAGCCCAGCGUGGAGACCCUGGACAGUCCUACAGGAUCACAUGUUGAAUGGUGUAAACAGCUUAUAGCUGCUACAAUUUCUAGUCAGAUUUCAGGUUCAGUGACAUCAGAAAAUGUAUCCAGAGAUUACAAGGAGAUUCAGGAAGAACACAAGGGCUACCCUUCUGAAGCUGAAGCUGAUCAGGGUCUAAGGGAUGGAAAUAAGCUGGCACAGAUGGAAGAGGCGCCCCUUUUCCCAGGAGAAUCAGUCAAGGCCAUUGUGAAAGAUGUCAUGUAUAUCUGCCCAUUUGUGGGAGCAGUGAGUGGCACCCUGACAGUGACAGACUUUAAGAUGUACUUCAAGAAUGUAGAGAGAGACCCGCAUUUCGUCCUCGAUGUCCCCCUGGGAGUGAUCAGCAGAGUUGAGAAGAUAGGAGUGCAGAGCCAUGGAGACAACUCUUGUGGCAUAGAGAUCAUGUGCAAGGAUAUGAGGAACUUGCGACUUGCUUAUAAACAGGAAGAACAGAGUAAACUAGGGAUAUUUGAUAACCUCAACAAACAUGCAUUUCCUCUUUCCAAUGGGCAGACACUCUUUGCAUUCAACUAUAAAGAAAACUUUCCAGUGAAUGGAUGGAAAAUUUAUGAUCCAGUAUCUGAAUAUAAAAGACAGGGCUUGCCAAAUGAGAGUUGGAAAAUAUCCAAAGUAAACAGUAAUUAUGAGCUCUGUGACACCUACCCCGCCAUCAUUGUCGUGCCAACUAGUGUAAAAGAUGACGACCUUUCAAAAGUGGCAGCGUUUCGAGCAAAAGGCAGAAUCCCAGUGUUGUCAUGGAUUCAUCCAGAAAGUCAGGCAACGAUUACCCGUUGCAGCCAGCCACUUGUGGGUCCCAAUGAUAAACGCUGCAAGGAAGAUGAGAAGUACUUGCAAACGAUAAUGGAUGCUAAUGCGCAGGCUCACAAACUCAUCAUCUUUGAUGCCCGGCAAAACAAGGUCGCCAGCACCAACAAGGCAAAGGGUGGGGGCUAUGAAAGUGAAAGUGCAUACCCAAACGCAGAACUCGUGUUCCUGGAGAUCCACAACAUUCACGUGAUGAGAGAGUCGCUGCGAAAACUGAAGGAGAUCGCGUACCCGGCCAUUGAGGAGGCGCGGUGGCUGUCCAACGUGGACGGGACGCACUGGCUGGAGUACAUUCGGAUGCUUCUUGCUGGGGCAGUAAGAAUUGCUGAUAAAAUAGAAUCUGGGAAAACCUCGGUGGUGGUGCACUGCAGCGACGGUUGGGACCGAACAUCCCAGCUGACGUCUCUGGCCAUGCUGAUGUUGGACAGUUAUUACCGCACCAUUAAAGGAUUCGAGGCUCUCAUAGAAAAGGAGUGGAUAAGCUUUGGACAUAGGUUUGCACUGCGAGUGGGCCAUGGCAAUGACAACCAUGCAGAUGCUGACCGAUCCCCUAUAUUUCUUCAGUUUAUUGACUGUGUUUGGCAAAUGACAAGACAGUUUCCUUCAGCAUUCGAGUUUAAUGAACUAUUCUUGAUUACAAUUUUGGAUCACCUUUAUAGCUGUCUCUUUGGGACUUUCUUGUGCAACUGUGAACAGCAGCGACUGAAAGAGGAUGUGUAUACAAAGACUAUAUCUCUAUGGUCUUAUACCAAUAGCCAGCUGGAUGAGUUUUCUAAUCCCUUCUUUGUGAAUUAUGAAAACCACGUCCUAUAUCCUGUUACUAGUCUGAGUCAUUUGGAAUUAUGGGUAAACUAUUACGUGCGAUGGAAUCCACGAAUGAGGCCUCAGACGCCCAUCCACCAGAACCUCAAGGAGUUGCUGGCUGUCCGCGCGGAGCUGCAGAAGCGGGUGGAGGACCUGCAGCGGGAGGUGGCCGCACGCGCCUCGGCCUCGUCUGAGCGGGGCUCCUCGCCGUCACACUCGGUCACGCCCGUGCACACGUCGGUCUGACGCCGCUGUCCCUGCGGCCUGGGCGGGGCGCCUGCGACUUGUCCGAUUAAGGCCCGUGCCCGCCGCGUCUCGACGGCGCUUUCCACCAGUGACCGACCGUGUGCUAGGGGACAGCGUAAGUGCUGUUGUGCCGUCAACACCCUUUUCCCUCCUGCCAGCGCUUUCCCAGGGCCGAGUGGGGGACACUCAAGCGAGCGGAACGCAGGGCUCAGGCUCAAGGUGGGGAAUCCUUGUGAAAAGCCACCCCACUCCCCUAGAGGCCGUGGCCAGCCCCAUGGCUCCUUCCUGCUCUCUGCUCCCCUCCAGGGUUUCUCAGUUAACUCUGUGCCGGGGAAGACAGGCCGUUACCGUCUUCCCCAGGGUCUCCUCGCGCCAGGGGUCCUCCGGUACCACUUCCUGUUGUGUACAUAUAAGGUAUUUUUAAAGAAGAGAAACAUGCCUUUAUUUUCCUACGUCCUUUUUUUAUGUUUAGACUAGUCACCCAAGGAGGCAUCUGCUUGACGGGACUGGGUGAGGAAUUUUCAAACCAAGCUCAUGCUAACUUUUAUGUGGUACAUUUGAAGCACAAUUUGAAUGUGGCCACUUAAGGCCACGUGUUCUGUCCUCACCCGACUCUGGGACCUGCCACUUCCCACUGCUGACAGCUCUCUGUCACAGCGGGUCUGCUCUCGCCUGUUAUCUGCUGUCUGAAAUAAUCGUUCUCGUUUUAUCGAGAUCCCUUCAACUCGGUUUAUUCCCGUCACUGCAUGUCGGUGUUUUAAAGCAACAACUGUGCUGUGACUUCGGAUGCCGAAAGCAGAGCACUCGCCUCCCUCCGUUUCCUCAUCUCAGAGCCACUCGGGCCUCUCCUCCCCGUCUCACACCUCCACUCACUGCCUGGGCUCUGGGACUCCAUCAGUCUGGGCAGGAAUUAAUUGACCGUCAGCUGGUCCAUCCACUAGAGCUAGAGCUCUGAGCUGCUCCGCGUGGCUCGUCACGCAGAAUCUUGCACAUUUGCGCCUCGCCCUCCUCCUCCUGGUGCCCAGGGCCGCGCCCAUUCCUGCCAGCCCCGCCCGGGACCCCAGCGCUGCAGGAAUUAAGCUUGCCUUUGAGUGGGGGGAGCUCAUCGGGUCAGACCUGCAUGCAACUGCCUUGUAGUAUCUGGUUGGUUUCAAAUUCCUGGAUGCUACCCCAAGCCCUACACAGGGACCUGAUUUUUGAAAACAUCCUUAAAGGUUUUUUACACUCAAAUACUUAGAGAGUAGAUGUUUUUUCAACUUGGAACCUUCUGAUUCUUAUAGAAGAUUAUCUGGUAUCUAUAAGGUAUCAAAUAUUUAUUCAAGGUAAUUUGAUAACCUAAAAUCAAUUCUCCAUUUUUAUCAUCUGGGGGAUUUGCUUCUAAACUGUUUUAAUUGACGUAACUUUUGAUUCAUGCUUUCCACAUAGCUGAAACCUUAUUUACGAAGGGAUAAACUGGAUUAUACAUUGACAUACUGAUUUUUUAAAAAUGGGGACCCAUUUUUUCCCCAGAAAUAUCAUCACAUAAUCCCCAGCUGCACUAAGACUGCCAACCUUGGUGUGGACUGGGGGAUGCUUUUGACAGAGCCAGAGAGGCCGAGUGGGUCGUUCUUGCCAAUGUCAACGUCCUGGGCCCUAGGAGGACCCCUAGAAGCUCCCAUUCCGUUUGAAAGCAGCACAACAGAUCAUUUUCCUUUGUGUGUUCCUAGCACAAAACUGUUCUAAAACAACUUGAAGUCCAGUUUUGUUACCUAAGCACUUCUUUUUUCAGUUUUAUUUAAGUGUACUAGAAUGUAAAAUCUUUAUGGUGCAGUAUUGUAUUUGCAUCAUCUGAUGCACAGUAUUUCAAUCCGUAAUUAAAAUAAUGUUUGCUCUGUGGUCUCA